UAAUGUUGACAAGACAACACCCAAGUGACAACGUUGCAUAACUUCAGCAAUAACCGUAAGGAGAGGAGGCAGAUAACCGCUCCACUAGGACGGUCCCAAUUCCACCACAUCAAUGGGGAUCCGGUGGUCACCUUAUACUCAAGACAACGUUUAAAAUGACGGAGGGUAGACUGUGCCAGGUGCAUCUUCUGGAUGACAGGAAGUUAGAGCUGCUGGUUCAGCCUAAACUACUGUCAAGGGAGCUUCUUGAUUUGGUGUCCUCCCAUUUCAACCUCAAAGAGAAGGAAUACUUUGGACUCACGUUUGUCGACGACAAUGGCCAGUGUAAGUGGCUGCAGAUGGACCGCAGAGUCCUGGAGCAUGACUUCUCCAAGAAGAGCGGGACCAUCUCCCUCAAGUUCCUGGUCAGGUUUUAUGUGGAGAGCAUCUCCCAGCUCAAGGACAUCAUUACUGUGGAGUUAUUCUACCUGAACGCCAAAUAUGCCGUCUACCAGGGAAUUAUCGAGGUGGAGAGCGAGAACGUCUUCAGAUUAGCCGCGAGUGCUCUGCAGGAGGCCAAAGGAGACUACACAAGUGACGAGAACACGAGAGCAGACCUGAAGAAGCUUCCCGUCCUGCCCACCAAAGUGCUGAAAGAACACCCGUCCCUUGCAUACUGUGAGGACGGGGUGAUCGAACACUACAAACAGCUGAAGGGACUCUCCAGAGGACAGGCCGUAGUGCGGUACUUGACGUUGGUGGAAUCCCUGCCCACGUACGGCGUCCAUUAUUUUGAAGUGAAGGACAAGCAAGGAAUGCCAUGGUGGCUUGGAAUCAGCUACAAAGGAAUUGGGCAAUAUGAUUUGCAGGAUAAAUUAAAACCAAGAAAGCUUUACCAGUGGAAGCAGCUGGAAAACCUUUAUUUCCGGGAAAAGAAAUUUGCCGUAGAGGUCAACGACCCACACCGGAGAGCGGUGACUAAGCGUACCUUCGGGCAGACCGGGCUGCUCAUCCACACAUGGUACGCCAGCCAUUCUCUGAUCAAGACCAUUUGGGUGAUGGCCAUUAGCCAACAUCAGUUCUACUUGGAUAGAAAGCAGAGCAAAGGUAAGAUAGGCUCUGCGAAGAGUUUGGAGGAAAUCGCUAUGGAUCUCACCGAGCAAGGAGGGUCGAAGAUAAGCAGAUUAGGAGACACAGGGCUGAAGAAUAAUCACAUAAUGGCUAGCAAUGGCAGCCUGGUGUCUACUGGUUCGGCCGACUCGGAGGCCAGCGAGGAGCAGAAGCGGGAGAAGAUCUCCGAGCUGAGGAAGAAGGAGCAGGAGAUCCAGGAGGUGCUGGCCAAGAAGACCAAGGAGCUGAGGAAGAUCUGUCUGAGGGAGGCGGAGCUCACGGGCAAGCUGCCAAAAGAGUACCCCCUGUCCGCCGGCGAGAGACCGCCGCAGAUCAGACGCCGCGUCGGCACCACGUUCAAGUUGGAUGACCUCUUCCCCUAUAACGAGGACCCAUAUCUGAGGAACCUGGAGAGCCGCUUCGCCCUGCAGCGGAAGAUCGUGGAGGCGGCCAAGAAGCUGGCCAACGAGGCGGAGCUGUGCAAGACGGUGAAGAAGAAGCGGAGGAGGAACUGUCUGGACGCCAUGCACAAACUACAGCAGGUGGAGGACGAGAUGAACCAGUACAGGAUCAAGAAGGGGAAGAAGCCCACGCAGAGAGCCUCGCUCAUCAUCGCGGAUGAGCUGGUGCGCUCGGACUGCAGCUCCCUCUCCAGCCUGCCACUGGACGACGAUGACUCAGACAGCUCCAGCCAGAGGCCCCGGUCCCGCUCGGUGCAGGGCUCCCCUCAGCUCAGCCCCAUGCGCUCUCUGGGGGCCGAGUACGAGGCGGACAGACAGGCGUCCUCAAACCACCACCAGAAGAACCUCAGCAGGCUAGCCUACGAAGGCCAGGAGCCUUCCCAGCACUACCAGGGUCCGAGGGAGGUCUCCUCCAGUGGCAGCAGCCCCUACAAAACCCUCCCCAGGCCUGCCAGAGACCCACGUAGCAUGCCGCCCACCCCUGUCAUGACCCGCAAUGCCUACAGCAGCAGUCAGCUCAGGACGGGCGGCUCCACCCAGAGCUUCAGGCACCGCAGCGGCAGCCUGGAGUCCCAGCCGCCGCCCCGCAAGGACCCGGAGACGGAGAAGCCCGUGUUCACACUUUCGCCGGCGCACCGCAGCUCCAGCACGGAGGCCCUGGAGGACUGCUCCUCCUACGCCAGCCAGUCCAGCCUGGACUACUGCGCCACCACCGCCGCCCCCCACUACUGCACCCUGGACUCCCGCCGCACCCCCCAGCUGCACCGGCUGCACCGGCGGGUGGAGGUGUACGGCAACAGCGGCAGCAUGCCCAACCUGGUGCCGCUCCACUCGGGCGGCGGCGGCGGCGGCGGCGGCUACGGGUACGAGUCCCCGGCGCACUACGCGCCCGACGCCUUCUACGGGGCCGGGUACCCGGGCGCCGACGCCGAGCCCUACUCCAACGGGGCCUACGUGUACGAGAGCGACGUGGAGGGCCACUACAACGUCAACCCGUCCUACCAGGUCAACGGCUACCACGGCCACGAGAGGUACCGCCACUACAGCGACCGCAGCGACAACCUGUCCCAGAACCCGUACGCCACCAUGAGGCCCCCGCGCAGCCGCACGGGGCCCCGCAACGAGCUGCUGGCCAAGAGCAUGCAGAAGGCCCUGGUGGCGGAGCACCUGAGGGGCUGGUUCCACCGCAGCGGGGCCCAGAAGGAGCCCGGCCGGGGGCCCUUCGACUACGACACGGGCUCCCAGCUCAGCCUGGGCUACCAGACCCUGCCGGCCCCCUUCAGCCACUCCAGCCGCACCAACUCCUACUCCUCUGUCUCCUCGGCGACUAGCACGGGGGCCUGGCGCAACCACCUGGCGGUGGGCCUGACGGACUACGACUCCGCCGACCGGGCGCAGUACCAGCAGCAGCCAGCGGGGGCGGCUCCCGGCGCUGCCAACAGCCGCAGCCCCACACACAGCAGGCAUCAAUUGGGUGGAAGCUACAUGAGCCUCAGCUGAAGAUAGAACCAAACAGUGGCACAAGUAAUCCCCCCCCCCCCCCGCCCCCUGUGACUGGUGAGCACUUAAAGGGGAAGUCUAAGCUAAGUGUAUUUAAUGGUCGGAGGAACACCCCUCCGGCUGCCAUAGCCCCAACGUUGUGUCCGCGUCUCAUCUGCAAGUACCCACGACUGCUUUAUCGUUCCAUGACGUCUCCAAACGCAUCACUGACACUUUCUGAACUUUCCCACGUGCCUUGGAUUGGAGGAGGAACCCAAGGCGUUGCUCAAGUGUACCGCCAUCGACCGCUGUGUCUGUGCGUCUUCAGAGUAACACCCCUUGCCCACUGCAUCCGUCCGUUGACGGAUCUCAUUGACUUUGCAUGGGGCGAUCCCGAAAUGCAUUGUGGGUCUGUCCGUUCCGUCGGCUCCGUCUCUUGCGUUCAGAAGUUGAGAAAAUGUUAACUUUUCAGGCUGCAACGGAUCCAUCAGCCAAUCAGAUCUUGGCUCCGAUAGCAAAUACCACUCCCCCAUCCGUCAGACACGCCUUCCGUCGUCCGUUGACGGACGGAUGCAGUGGGCAAGCUGCGUAAGCCGUGCAUCGAUGCUUCAUGUGCAGUGUUAAGGUGCGGACCUUCAGCCUGACCACUGUACUGACCCGGACGACUGGCGUCUAGCGAUGGCUGACGCUACACAAAGCAUCCUCAUUUCAACGUCAUGUCGUUAGAGUGUGAUCCAUUGAAACAACGUUCAUCCAGAUCUUAAUAAAAAAAGAAGGGGGUUGAAAAUGUUCACGAAUGUCACUGGGAAAGAAAAGUGAUCGAUUUCUUACAAUGGUGUUUUUAUUUAUUAAUCAUGUUCUCGGUACAUUAAAUAAGAAUGUAUUUGUUAGUACAGUUCAUAGACCCAUUUGCCUUCGUUAGUACUGUAAUGUGUUUUUGAAUGCAUGUGGAGAACACCUGUUUUUCAUAGGAAAUCCAGACUUUUUUAUACAAGUAGAAGAUCACUGCCCUAAAACCAUAACCAGCUCUAAGUUACAUUUUGUACAGUCACUGUGUAGUUACAUAUUUGUUGAAAAACAUAAUUACCUGUCAAAUAUUUUCCAAAUGAAAUGAGAACAUGAAUAAAUGGUUGUGUGAGA